GCCUGUCUUCUUAGUAAAAACAUUUCAUGGUUUUCAUAUUUACCGGUCUGCUAUGUGGUUUUAUAUUGUCUAAUUCUAUUUUUAAUCAUGUUGAUAAUACAAUGCAUCGAGAGUAGUUUAUGUAUCUAAUUAAAUUACAACUGUUAUUUACAGCUCUUUAUAAGAGUGUUAUAUUGUAGGUUAAAGAUUACAUUGUAUUCUGAUAAAAUAAUCACAGUUGACUUUAUAAACAAACGUUACGUUAAAUUAUAUAUGAUAAAUUUACUCUAAAAUAUAAAGUAAGUCGAAUAUAACAAAGUAACAAUAAUAAAAAAAGUAAUGGAUGUAAACGUUGAUAUAGAAUAUUGUGGUUCAUGUGGAUAUAGAAGACACUUUUUACAGUUGGCAACAGAAAUAAAAAAUAAUGUCAGUAAUGCCAUUGUCAAUGGUACAGCAGGAAGACGAGCAUCUUUUGAAAUACAAGUUAAUGAUAAACUUGUAUAUUCAAAACUUGAAACAUUAGCCUUUCCUGAUACAGUUGCAACUGUAAAUAUGAUCAAAGAUGUAUCUGCAGGUAAACCAGUGAGGAAAAUUGACAAGCAUCAUUCAGAAUGUGUAUUAUUAUAAAAGUUUUAUUAAAAAUCAGGAUAAUGUUUCCCCGGAAUCGAUGCACAGCUGUAUCUUUCUUGAAAUCUAUAUCAUCAGAUACCUUGUCAAUGAGCCAUGACACACUCGCAUCAUUUACUGCCAAAUAUUGUGCCUGAGUACAAAAUGAUAAUUCCUUGUCUGAUCCUACAAUGAAAGGUAUGGUUUUACUUUGGAAUUUAGCAUAAUGCUUUCAGAUUUUUUUUCACUACCUUUUUUUUGCCUCCCUUGACUUUGUCUAAUUAAUCUGAGGUUUGGUUUUCCCAGUGCCAAACUUAGCCACUCAGAAACUUCUAAUCCACAAUCAAUACCUUCUACUCUGCUCUCGCACACUCUACUUUGAUAUAUAGAAUGCUUAAUUGAUUCUUUAUAAGUAGUCUGUAAAGAUACUACAAUUGUUGGCAUUCCUGAAAUAAUUUACUGAUUUAUAUAUUAAAAAUAAUACUAUGCUAAACUAUAUUAAAAACAAAGAAUUUAUGAAAUCAA